GGUCCGGGGCGAACUCUUCUCUUCGACCCCCGACAGCCAGGCCAGCUUCCCAGGUGUCCAAAGAAGCGAAGACCCGGAGGUGGCGGUGGGGAGAGGUGGGUAGAUUUGGAGGCUGGGGCUGUUAGAUAAGAAAGUGGAAGGAACCCAACAGCCCGCUGAGCAGCCGAUCGCGACCGGCGGCACGCCUCGAACCACAGGUCCCGCCUUCCGCCCGCUCCGCGCCGGCCCCGCGCCCGCCGAGCUAGCAGGGGCGCGCCUCCCAGGCCAGCUUCCGCCGAGGGCUCAGAGGCCUGGCUUCCUCCAAUAAGCACCGGCCUCGGCUGCGCGCCGGAUUCAAGCCCCGGGUGCCGGCGGCCGGCGAGGGGUUCUCUGCUGUUUAAAAAGUAUCCCUGUGACAUCCGAGGAAAGAUAGAAGGAAAACUAUCCCUUCAAACAAACAAACAAAAACAAGGAGCAGCUAAACUUCCUGACUGUCUUCCCAGUGUUUCAGCUAACUGUCCCUUCAUCUUCAAACCAUCAUGAGCCCUAAGAAGCGCAGGUCACAGAAGAUCGCGUUCAAUGAGAAGAGUAAUAUGAAAAUUGAGCACUACUUCUCUCAGGUCAGUAAAAACCAAGAGAAUAAUUCCAGUAUUCCUCAAAUGAAGAUGGGCUCUAAAAAAGGUCCAAAAGAUAUAACUAACACCCAGGCUCAAGGACCCAAAGACCAGACCACGCCCCCAAACAAGACAAUUAACAUCACCCUGGCUGUGAACCAGAGGAAGCACGUGCUCACACAUAGUGAAGGGGAUAGCUUAUACGCAGCACUCAACACUCUAAAGGCUGUCGAGAAGGAACUAAAAACUCAGCAGGGCAAAGAAAUGCUGGUGCUUGGCACGGAAGGAAUUGAAGGCUACAUAAAUCUUGGAAUGCCCCUCAGUUGCUUUCCCGAAAGCUGCCGUGUGCUAAUCACAUUUGCCCAGAGUAGAAGUAGGCAGAAAGAAGGGAGCCAGGUAUUUGGCCGGCAUGACAAGGUGUCCCCUGACUGUGUCAAAUUUUAUAUUCAUGCAAUUGGGAAGGGAAAGAAAAGAAUAGUUAAGCGCAGGCAUCUUCACAAAGAAGGGUGCAAACUCUGCGUCUACGCUUUCAAAGGAGAAACCAUCAAGGACGCUGUGUGCAAGGACGGAAGGUUCCUCUCCUUCCUGGAGAAGGCGGACUGGAGACUCAUCAAAAAUCUGGACUCCAUUCUAGAAAGUACACAGACUGUUGACAACCUGGAAGGGGAGCUCUUUGAGGUUGAAGUUGAGAAAAGCACGGGCUCUGGAGCGGGAACUGCUCAGAAUUUGGAGUCAGAGGAAAGAAACACCCGUGUGUUGAGAGAAGAAAUUGUGGCUCAGUACCCCAGUUUGAAGAGAGAAAGUGAAAAAAUCAGAGACAACUUCAGGAAGAAUUUGGAAAAUAAAAAGAACAAAGCUUCAUUAUUUAAAUUGCAUGAAGUAAAGUUUGGGAAACUGACAAAAAACUCUACCCUGGUAAAAAUGCACAAACUUCUUUCUCAUCUCAGUGACUCAGUUGGGUACUUGUCAUGGGACAACAAUGGAAAUAGGGGUUCUGCCACCUGCUUUGUUUUUAAUGGGUUGUUCAUUUUAACUUGUCGGCACACAGUAAAUGACAUUGUGGGAAAAGGAAUAGAUCCAAGUAAGUGGGCAGACAUAAUUGGUCAGUGCGUAAGGGUGACGUUUACUUAUGAAGGGCCCCCUGAGAAAGAAGAGAACUGCUUUUUCGUUGAGCCUUGGUUUAAGGUAUCUGAUGCAACUCUCGAUUAUGCCAUUCUGCAACUGAAGGCAAAUGGACAACAAGUACCUUUGGGACUCUAUCAUAGAAUUGCUCCUGCACCGCUUAGUGGGCUGAUAUAUAUCAUUGGCCACCCCUAUGGAGAGGCAAAGUCUAGUGAUGCUUGCACUGUGAUCCCUCUGGAGCAGCGAGUCGGGAAAUUGCAGGAACAUCCUCAGGCUAGAGAGGGAGAGGGUAGCAGUGAUGACAUGCAAUAUAUCCAUAUGUACACUCAAAGAAGCUUCCAGGACAUCGCUCCUGGUCCUGAUGUGAUUACCUAUGACACCUCUUUUUACUUUGGGGCUUCUGGCUCCCCAGUGUUUGAUGCAAAAGGUUCAUUGGUAGCCAUGCAUACUGCUGGCUUCGCUUAUAAGUACCAAAGUGGGUUAUCUCAUGUCGUUGAAUUUGGGUGUACUAUGGAAUCCAUCCUCCUUGAUAUGAAGCAAAACCAUGGACAGUGGUUUACAGAAGAAUGUAUAAAUCAGUCAAAUGCAGAAGGAUGUAUAAAUCAGUCAUACGCAGAAGGAUGUAUAAAUCAGCAGGAUGUGGAAAUGGUGAGUGAUGAGGAUUGAGGAUGGUGAGAAUUCAGUUUAUUUCCUCACUUCAGUGGAGUUGUUAUUCCAUAGGCAAUGGUGAUCAUUUCCUGAAUUCCAAAAUGGUUACUUCUGUUUAAAAAAUUACUGUUACAGAGCACUUCCUAUGCACCACUUCUCUAAACACAUGAAGACUAUAAUCCUAACAAGUGGGCUGUUAACCCGUUUUUUAAGUCGAGCAAUGGGAAGAAUGAUGGGGUUGUGACACUUAACACUGGUGUCGCCGUUGUGUGUGUGUAUGUGUGUGUGUGUGUUUUCCCUUAUCUUCUGUGUCUUCCCCUAAGUUCAAGGGCUUGAAGGCAGGAUCUAACGCUUGUUCAUCUCUUUAUCUGCGGUGUCUGGAAGAUGGAAAGUAAGUGCUUAGAAAAUGUGUGGGUCAAUCAGUAGCACAAUUUAGGGCUGCAGUUAAUCUUAAUUGAGGAACUAAAUGCUUAGUUAGAAGUAAUCUCACACAAAAUCUUUAGAAUUUCCCAAAUCAUCAUAUUACUAAAACCCAGGAUAUAUGUGUUCUGAAAUUCAGAGGGUAAUAUCACUCUUCCUAUAUUUAUCAGGCUAUUAGGACAAAGAGAGUGUCUUAAAGAUCAUAUCACUGUGAUCUUAAUGCCCUUAGUUUUUACCUUUUUUGUUCUAGGAUCGCAAGGAGCAUAGCACAUUACAUUUAGUUGUAUGUCUCCUUAGGCUCCUGUUGCCUGUUCUCAGACUUUGACUAGUGACCUUGACAGUUAAGAAGAGUACUGCUCAGGUAUUUUGUGGAAUGUCCUUCUGUUGGAAUUUGAUGAUUAAACUGGGGUUGUGGGGUUUGGAGACUGGAGGGGCAAAGUACCUUUUCACCGUAUCAUAUCAAGGGUACAUAUCCCUUUGACAUAUCCUCAUUGGUGUGUUGUUUGUUUCCUGGUUUUUUGAGCACUUUCUUAUGUUGCGUUCCUACAAGAUGCUCCAGGCUCCACUUGUAUAUACAUUUCCUGCCCCAGGCCUAGAAUCAGCCAUUUCUCCAAGGAGCCCUGGUUACUUUUCGUGGAGAACAGUAUUAGAAACCAAGAUCUGGGCACUAGGUAUGCUUGUUGCCAUUGGGUGUUAUUUCUUUUAUGCUCACUUAGCAGCCGGAGAAAAGAAAUAUGUGUGUGUGUAUUAACUUAUGUACAGUCAUCCUUCCCAGCUUAUUCUUGAUUUUGUUUUCUGGGCCUUCAGUUUCCUGUGGUCAGAUGAUCUUCCUUCUGACUUAUCGCCAGAAGGUCAAUGGUAGCCUAGUGCUGGGUCACAGUGCCUUAUGUCAUCUAGCUCACUUCAUCCCGUCAGGUGGGCAAUUUACCGCCUCACAUCAUCAUAACAAGAAGGAUGAGUGCCGUACAAUAAGGUAUUUUGAGAGAGGGAGAGAGACAGCAUUCACAUAACUUUUAUUCCAGUAUAUUGUUAUAAUCACUCUAUCUUAUUAUUAGGUAUUGCUAAUCUCUCACUGUGCCUCAUUUAUACGUUAAACCUCAUCAUAAGUAUGUGUGUAGGGGAAAAAACAGUAUAUAUAGGUUUCAGGCGUCCCCUAGGGGUCUUGGAACGUGUACCCCGCAGAUAAGGGGGAGGGCAGCUGCAUAUACAUAUAUCUGCAAACAUUCCUACGUGUAACUGUCUGGAUGUACAAUUAAGUUGAGCCCGUUUUUACUGAUGUCUCCCACUGUAGUCCAGUCCCACAUGGGCCGUUUUCGCCUCCUCCCUUGCUCAUCUGUGAACUCCCAGUCCCACAGUGAGAAACGUGGCUCCGACCAUCCCCCACCCGCUUAAUUGUUUAAUUCAGUAUUCAUGCAAAGCGGCAUCAGAAUUGUUCACCUGUGCUGGGGUGGAAAUAACAUGGGCAACUACAGUGGGGGGGGCGGUGUGCCAUCUCUUUUGCCUCUAGUCUUACAGACUCACUCCCAAAGUGACUGUCGUUCCAUGCCCUUCAGUGAAGUGUUUUGUACAUUUGCAGUGCAGUUAGGUUCUCUUGUCACAGUCUCCACUCUUUCCUUUCACCUCUCAACCUAAGUGACAUUUAAAAUUUGCAUAUAUUGGGACACCUGGGUGGCUCAGUCGGCUAAGCAACCGACUCUUGAUUUUGGAGCAGGUCGUGGUCUCAGGGUCUCGGGAUCGAGCCCUGCAUCACGCUCCACGCUUAGUGCAGAGUCUGCUUGAGGAUUCUCUCCUUCUCCCUCUGCCCCUCCCCCUGCUCAUGCUCUCUGUCUCUAAAAAUAAAUAAAUGAAUAAAUCUUUUUAAAUUUGCAUAUAUCAAGGUUCACUGUCCAUGCUGUGAGUUCUGUGGGUCUUAACAAGUGCAAUAAUGUCAGAUCUCUACCAUUACAAUAUUGUACAGAAUUGUUUCACCAGCCUAAAAGUCCCCUGUGCUUCACCUGCUUCUCCCUCCCUCUCCCCUGUACCCCUGGGGACCACGGAUCCUUUUUACUGUCUUUAUAGUUUUGCCUUUUUCCAGAAUGUUACCGGAGUGGAAUCAUACAGUAUGGAGCCUUUUCAGCUUGACUUCUUUCACUUAGCAAUAUUCAACAAAGGUUGCUCUGCAUCUUUUUGUGGCUUGAGAGCUCCUUGAUUUUUGCCACUGAAUAAUAUUCUCUUGUAUGGAUAUACCACAGUUUGUACAUUCAUUUACCUUUUGGAAGAUAUCUUAGUUGCUUCAGUGUUUGGUGAUUAUGAAUAAAGCUGCUGUAAGCAUUUGCGUACAAAUGUUUGUGUGAACCUAAGUUCUCAACUCAAUUGGGUAAAUACCUCAGAGUGUGAUUACUGGACCGUCUGGUAAGAUUGUGUUUAACUCUGUAAGGAUCUGCCAAACCAUCUU